CGUGACCCUAAGAAAACUUGAAAUUUCUCCGAGACGGGAAACCCCGGUUUUCCGACUCGGCCAGCUCCAUUAGUGAGUGCCCUUUGGUUCAUCGAAUUGAGAGCAUGACGAUCAUCCCGACCUCUAGAGAGCAUUCUAGUCAUCAUCUAUGAUUGAAUGCAAUCAUCUUCAAGCAGUCUAUUGAGAAAGUCCUUCCUACCCAAUACUCUCCCCUUGUUCACGCGAAUCACCAUCAUACCGAGCUAUAAGAUGACGUCCCAGAAGUCCGUUGCAGAGGUUCCGCGUUCUAUACUUCCUCGCUUAACCUGGAACGGCUCUUCUACCCGGACAGUCCCUUCACCUCAGAGCGCCAUUCUCUCAACAAGGCAACAGCAGAAAACGGUACGCAUACACAGCUGGAACUCCACCGGGCGACAGCUACAUACACUUACCGCCUCCCCUCACUCUUCCACCUUCAUUGCGGCAACACUUCGAGGGACGCCGACGUUCUCAUCAUCGUUAUCCCGGCGAUUACCAACAAGCUAUACGUUCUGUCAACCAGCAGUGGAGCUCACAGGGAAUUCUAUCCGAUAUAAUGGUGUUUAUGUUGCUACCUUCAAACCAGCUCGACGCGCUUUUCAUGCCUCAGCCCCCAAAGAAAGAGACCACCAUUUCGAUACGUUGAAGUUCGUCCAGCGGUUGAAGGAUGAGGGUUUCAGUGAGGAACAGGCUGUCGCCAUGAUGCGAGUCUUAAACGAUGUUAUUCAGGAAUCUAUUCAGAAUUUAACCCGGACAAUGGUCCUUAGAGAAGAUACCGAGAGAUCGACGUAUACUCAAAAAGUUGACUUCGCCAAACUUCGCUCUGAAUUACUCAACGCUGAUUCAACCGAAGCGCAACUGACACGUUCGUCACAUGAGAAGAUUGCUGCGGAUCUAGCUAAGCUAAACUCAAGGCUCCGGGAUGAGAUCGGACGCACGCAAGCAUCAGUUCGUCUGGAUCUGAACCUUGAGAAAGGUCGUAUCCGAGAAGAAGCAAAUGGCCAGGAAAUGCGAAUAAAAGAGACAGAAACGAGAAUAGAACAGGAAGUUGCAGGGCUGAGAGAACGUGUAGAGGCUGUGAAGUUCUCCACGCUGCAGUGGCUGAUGGGUGUCUGCACCGGUACCGCCGCUCUGAUAUUGGGUGCCUGGCGUCUUUUCAUGUGAGCUGAUGAUUUGGUUGAGAAAAGGAAGAAAGCGAAAGAAAAAUUGUCCCAUUGACGCGGCUUUUCUAGCUUGGUCAAGAGCUCAACAUAUUGUAUACUAACUUCUCCGUCCUCUGGUAUUGAUUUUUAAAGACAGAUCCAGAGCAGGCGCGCUUUGUCUUCACUUCAUUUCUUAUGUUAUGAUAAGUGACAGCAUGGCCUCUGUUGCUACUUUGGCAUUGAGGUCUUUGUUUAUUGGGAGCGAAAAUGAAUCUAGGCCCCUAGAGCUAUGUUACGUAGUAGUGGGCGUAAUUUACUAGAGGGCAGAAUAAGCCAUAUUGAUGCAGCAGCUGGCUCGUCGGCGCGCCCACUGUGAGGAACAUUGGAGCGCGCGAGUAAAUCCAGUCCGGAGGACUAACGCACGUAAACGCC